AAGUUUAGCUAACAUUAGCUAACGUUGUCCGGAAGAUUAUAAGACUAGUAUCUAAUGUGUAAAUAGAACAGCUAAUUAACGGUUUGCAUUUCUCCCCCCAAAAUAAUUCAGAAUAAUGUUGGACGUCAACUCCUCUACGUUUCUUCGGGACGGUGGAGAUUAAACUGGAGGAGUUUUAAUAUCGGACAAGUUUCAGCGAUGCCAGACGUGGAACCGCUCAGAUUCCCUUCAAGGGAAGGACGACCAAGUCAGCAAGAUCAAGCAGAUCUUCAAGCCGUCUGCUCUGGUCGACGUCGCACAUGUGCUUUGCUCAACAGUCCCUCGCCAUGUGUCAACAGUGUUAUUUACCAUAUCCAAGAGCUGAAGAUGGCGGUGGAAAAUUGGUGUCAACAGUCUGGAAAAUAUCAGAUCAAUCAGGACAAACAUCGAUAUAGCAAAACUUUACGAUUUCAGUCCAAAGACUCAGAUACUGAAUCAAUUAUGUCGACGGAGUUGUUCGUUGAAGGCAUCGCAAUUAGUGCAAGAGUUUAUCGUCCUCCAGAAAGUUGUCCUUUACCGCCAUUAUUGAAGAAAAUAAAUGAUGUCCUUGGAGAGGUUGUGUAUCUGAUUGAGCGGCUGGAGGCUGAUCGGCAGUAUGCAGAAGAAGCUCUCCACAAGGAGAAGAGAAGAAAAAGAUUUCUGGAGAACAAAGUUGACAGCAUUUCACUGUGGAUGCAACAAGAGCACUCUGUUGUAGUGCAGAAAGAGCACGAGGCUUGCAUUAGAGACAUCACUGAACUGAAGUGGCAGCUAAAACUGGAAAGAGAUAAACUUGAAAAAGCCCAGAAGACACUUUUACACACGGAGGUGUGUCACCAAAACGUACAAGAGGACAUCAUCUUUGCCAAAAAACAAAUUCCCAUUGUGAAUGAAAACCUGGAGCUCCAGAGAAGCAUCAUAAAUCAAAUCAACACCGCACAAGCUGAGGCUGAUGAAGUAUUCUCGAAAACACAAAGUGAUCUCACACUGAUUCAGAAGGAGUUAAGAAAGAUGGAGCUGGACGCCAACAAUGAGACGAUAUCAGUGGAUAAUAAAGUGUUGGCAACGGAGAAUCAUCUGGCUAACAGACUGGAAGAUGUAAACCAGUGGACGAAGCAUGACGAAGGUCUAUGUGCUGAAAUACAGGAUGCUGAAAAGGCGAUUGCACAAACGGAAGAACAGUGUGCCGCCAUAACGCGACGCAUCCCUGAAAUAAUGGCGCUCGAGAAAACUGAAAAAGAUCAGAUUUUGCAAUUGAAACUUCAAAUUGAGGAUGAAAUGCGAAAGAAUAAGAAAUUAAAAGAGAAACUAAUUGCACUGCAAGAAGACAUUGAGAGAACUAGACUUCAUGGGGAAGCGGAGGUUUCCUGCAUAGAAGAGCAACUCCAUUCAAAACGUAAUGCUUUUGCAGCUAUCCGUAAAGAAAACAUGGAGUAUGAACAGAACGUAGAAGACUACAAGACAAAAAUUUCACAGAGUGCGAAGGCAGCGAAGCAGAUGCUUGAGGAGAGGAAGCAGAUGCUCCAGAAAAUCAUUGACAAUGACGAGCAGUGGGAAAAGGCCAAGGAGGAAGUGAACCAAGUUGUAGCCCAACACCGUGUCACCGAGACUAAACUGGAAGAGCAGGAGCAGCUCACCUUCAUGGAAGAACAGAGGGCCAGGAAAGAGAUUGAAAACCUGAGGAAAGAUGUGACAGGUCAGAUGACUGCCCUGGAACUGCUGAAGGGUCAGUGUGAAAAUAAAAGUGAAGAAAUGUAUCAGCAGCAAAGGAACUCAGAUCUAACCAACCAAAAACUUCAGAAAGAGUUUGAAGAUGCAGCCACAGCAACAAAAGAACUGGAGACAAAGAUGGAGAAAAUCAAGAAAUUGACAGACAAUUUUGAAAAGAAUCAACGUGAACACUUGAACACGUUAGUCAACCUUGAGAAGGAGAAAGAUCUCCAACGUGACCGUCUGAAAGCUGCUCGGGACGUACACGCCGCCACUGUAAAGAGAUACGACGAGACCCUGGGCAGGAUCAGUGACCUCACGGAGAAGAGCGAAAAAUACCAGGAUGCUUCAGAAAAAAUGGAAGAAAUAGUUGAAAGCACGCCAGGAGUUAUAGCAGAACUUCAAAGUGUUUUUGACAUGUUGGAAUUCAAAAACAAAUCAGCUUCUCUCGUAAUGAGCACCUUGCAGUCUGAUAUUAAUAACUGCCAACAACGAACACAGCGAUCCAUGCAGACACACACUGCUCAUGUUACUGCAAGAAAAAAGGAAAUGGAAGACACCAAGGAAGCACUAAAAAUUGCCCUGAGGGAGAACAAACAGCUUGCAAGCGAGUACGAAGGUCUUAAGAAGAUCCUCAUGGAGGCCAAACAAGAGGCAGUGUCUGCAUUGAACGAGAAAAACCAUGCACAUAAAUCUUUUCAUUAUUACACACAGCUCUCUUUGUUGCAGAAGAGGAUGCACAAAGCUUUGGUGAAAUACUUCAAACAACGCAGCCUCUACAGCCAGGCUGAACUGGACCGGUGCCAGGCUCUUUCUCAAGACACCGACCAGAAAAUAAAAACAGCCCAGGAGGGGUUGUCAACCGAUCUUCAGCUCAUCUCUGCGUUCCUGCAAUCCUUGACGGACGACUCUACUACCACUGAUGAUGCCGGGGUGAACAAACAAGCCGGUCCAGGAUCGAAGGAGUAGAUGCCUUCAGCUCAAAUGGCAGUGUAAUUGGACAUUCACCUGUACCAGACAACUUACUUACCCUCGCACGCUUCACUAUUCCCCCCUUUUUUACUUGCAGCGAAUCCAUAACAAUGAAACAGGUGACUUUCAUGCUGCUGUCAGGACUGAUCUAAUUUUAGCUGGGUGAAUGAUUGCAAUUGGCUUUGCCUCAUCAGAUAAUUAAUCUAUGUCACCAUUAAUUGGAAAAGAGAAUAAUUACAGGCAGUGUUGACAGAAAUUCUACGCUUCUCCAGAUUCCAAGAUCUAAUUACAACUAGUGAAACCCUGUGACCUUAACUAGCACUUAGUACACCUUGGCCACCUUGACCAUGCCCAUGUGUGGACCAGUGUCUCUUGAAAGACCCUGUUUUCGUUCCCUGCGUGGUGCACUCCUCCACUCUCCUCUCUCUCUCCUCUCUCUCUCUCUCUCUCUCUCUCUCUCUCUCGGAGAGCUGUCUCCCUCAAUCACUUUUCAAUAUUCAAUCUUAAUUUUGUGGAAGUUUAGCAUUUUCAAUGAGCUGGAGAUGAAUGAUUAAUGAAUAAAUUUAAAUGCUUCAUUUUGUCCAUGGAUCAUUAGUUAAGUCCUUUGUGGGAAGGACCUGAGAAAGGAGUGAAAAUUAUUG